AUGCCUCGUGCCUCCAGUACUAUGCAGCGCACCGAUUCAUUGGAUCCAGCUACGACAUGUAGAGGCCUCACGGGCAACGGUCGACCCUGUCGCCGGCCACUGGCGGGCGACGAAACUGGCCCAGCCAAGUAUUACUGCUGGCAGCACCAGGAUCAAGCCGCCGCCGCAGCAGCAUCUGCACCUGCAACCACGCAUGCAACGACCAACUAUGCAGCGCAGUCGAGAACCAGCGUCGACACUUUGAUGGAGCGACUGAAUAUCAACGAUCCCCAGGCGCCACCCAAGAAAUCCAAAUCAAAGGGAGGCCUCCUUUGCUGCUGCUUCAAUCUCAUCUGCGGCGGCGACGACGAGCCAACACCACCACCCAGGCCCGUCCAGUCGCAAUCGCAAUCGCAAUCGCGGCCUUCAUCCAAGCCCCCAACUACACGUCCAAGUGCAGGACAAUCCCGCUGGAUCCCCUCAUCUCUAUCGCCCGCGACACAAAAGAAGCUCCUCUCAGAAAUCGAAAAACCCGUCUCAGACAAAGACGAAGACGGCUAUAUCUACAUGUUCUGGGUCACUCCCACAGACAGCUCCAGAUCCGCCCCUCCCCCGGCAGAAAUCGGCUCCUCGCUAUUCGCCAACUUUGCCGAGAACCGAGAACUGCCGGACCAAAUCCGCAGUAUUCGCGACGCUAUCCGCGCAGCGCGCGAUCACAACGCGCUCGCUACCAACCCCACAGACCAAACCCCGGGUAGCGUGCGGUUGAAGAUCGGACGGACGAACAACGUUCAUCGCCGUAUCAACGAGUGGACGAAACAAUGCUCGAACGAUCUCACCCUGCUGCGGUAUUACCCGUACACGGAGAUGUCGUCGCUGCCUCCGUCCGCCAGUGCAACGGAGAAGAAAGUCCCCUUUGUGCAUCGCGUCGAGCAUCUGAUUCAUAUUGAGUUGGGGGAUCUUCGCAUUCGGGACAUGGGGCCUUGUCCGGACUGCGGGAAGAAGCAUCAGGAGUGGUUUGAGGUUUCGGCUGAGCGGGAGGCGUUGCAGUGGGUUGAUGGGGCUAUUCGGCGGUGGUGUGAGUGGGCGGAGGCGCAUAAGAGGAAGCAGAGGCGUUAG